AAAGAGUUAAAAUUGCUGGGACACUUUGUUGUCAACAGGACUUUAUUUUACCUCUUCCUUCCUGAGAAUCGCAUCUGCAUCACUGUGGAGGAUCGGUUCAGGGCAAAAGCAUAAUCAAAACCCUCGUCAUAAAUACUUCAACACCAUAUAAACCAAAUUAAUUGCUGCCCUUGAAAGCCCAGCUACUUCUUUCAGCAUUUCAAUGGUUUAAAGGGGGAAGUGAAUCAAGAUGACCCAACAACCAUCUGUCAUCUUAGCAACUGCCAGUUAUGAUCAUACUAUUCGAUUCUGGGAGGCCAAAAGCGGCCGAUGUUAUCGGACUAUACAAUACCCUGAAUCGCAAGUUAACCGGCUUGAGAUAACUCCAGAUAAGCGGUACCUGGCUGCAGCUGGGAACCCCCACAUUCGAUUAUUCGAUGUUAAUUCAAACAGCCCUCAGCCCGUAAUGAGCUAUGAUUCACAUACAAACAACGUUAUGGCGGUGGGCUUUCAGUGUGAUGGGAACUGGAUGUAUUCAGGUUCUGAAGACGGUACAGUAAGGAUUUGGGACUUGAGAGCUCCAGGAUGUCAGAGGGAAUAUGAAAGCCGUGCAGCUGUUAAUACUGUUGUUUUGCACCCUAAUCAGACUGAGCUGAUAUCUGGGGACCAGAACGGUAAUAUUCGCGUAUGGGAUUUGACAGCAAAUUCAUGCAGCUGUGAGCUGGUACCAGAAGUAGAUACAGCUGUUAGAUCAUUAACUGUAAUGUGGGAUGGGAGCUUGGUCGUAGCUGCAAAUAACCGUGGAACUUGCUAUGUUUGGCGUUUGCUCAAAGGAACACAGACUAUGACCAACUUUGAGCCACUUCAUAAGCUACAGGCACAUGAUGGUUACAUUCUUAAAUGUCUCCUUUCACCAGAGUUCUGUGAGCCUCAACGGUAUCUAGCCACUGCAUCUUCCGACAAUACUGUUAAAAUAUGGAAUGUUGAUGGUUUUACUUUAGAGAAAACUCUAAUUGGACACCAGCGUUGGGUGUGGGAUUGUGUUUUCUCUGUUGAUGGUGCUUAUCUCAUCACAGCCUCCUCUGAUGCAACAGCUAGACUAUGGUCAGUGUCCACAGGUGAAGACAUGAGAGUAUAUCAAGGCCAUCACAAGGCAACUGUCUGUUGUGCUCUCCAUGAUGGGGCGGACACUCCAAGUUGAUUAUAAACUUCUCCGUGUUGGUUUUUUUUUUCUUCAGUUGUAUUUUCUUUUCUGCUAUCUUCUUUUCUUUAUUUUUAAUGAUUAAUGUGAAAUGGGUAAUACAAAUUGGACAGAUAUUGUAUUGUAUGUACAGUGACAUUUGAGUUGAUUUGCUAUUUCUGUUGUUUUCGGUA